AACGGCAGCGUUAUGAACGAGGGAAGAGCCCCGACCCUUGUGACGUGCUUCGUGCUUGUGUGGGCCAUCACGCUACUGGUCGGAAUGACUGCGCAACCGGUGGCAGCUACCGACAGGGGCGCUUCGCAAAGGCCACACAUUAUCUUCAUAUUGGGGGAUGACGUGGGCUGGGAUGACGUCAGCUUCCACGGGUCCAGACAGAUCCCGACGCCCAACUUGGACGCCUUGGCGUGGGAUGGAAUCUUGCUGAACAGCUACUACGGGCAGCCGCUGUGCUCGCCUUCCCGGGCUGCCUUUCUCACGGGGCUCUACCCCAUCCGUUACGGCUUGCAGAGCUUCGUGUACUGUCCCCCUGAAGAGGGGCUUCCGUUACACUUGACCCUGUUGCCACAGCAUCUCAAGACUUUGGGAUACAGAAACCACAUUGUCGGCAAGUGGCACCUGGGCCAUUCGUCCUGGAACCACACUCCAACGAUGCGGGGAUUCGACAGUUUUCUCGGCUACCUGACAGCUACGCUUGACUACUACAGCCAUGUAUAUGAUUUCAGUGGAGCGUGUGGAUUUGACUUUUGGUUCAACCGCGAGCUUGCCUGGAACUUAACUGGCGCCUACACGACGCACCUCCUCACGCAGCGAGCUGUCAGCGUCAUCAACCAGCACGAUGUAUCGGAGCCCCUGUUCCUGUACAUAGCCCACCACGCAGCUCAUGGCGUCAAUCGUGAAGGCCUGCUUCAAGCGCCGAUAGAGAACAUCAAUAAGUUCUCUCACAUAAAAGACAAGAAGAGGAGACUCCUUGCAGCCGUGGUGGACACCCUGGACGAGAGCGUGGGCACCGUGGUCGAAGCCCUGCACGCCAAGGGUAUGCUUGCCAACACCAUCCUCGUGUACGCCAGUGACAAUGGAGCGCGCUUCGAGGGAUUCAUGAGCAACCGGGGCUCCAACUGGCCCCUGCGCGGCUCUAAGUUCACCACCUGGGAAGGAGGCGUCCGCCUGCCGGCGCUAGUGUGGUCCCCGCUGCUUCGUCGCACACGGCGCGUCUCCUGGGAUCUGAUGCAUGCCGUUGACUGGGCACCCACUCUGUAUCACGCCGCCGGCGGCGACGUUAAAGACCUGGGCGUCAUCGAUGGCCUAGACCAGUGGGAGUCUCUCUCACUAGGCAGCCCAUCGCCCCGCCACGAGCUGCUCAUCAACCACGACCCGACCAACAGGUGCGGCACCGCACUGAGGGUGGGCAGGUACAAGCUGGUCAUCGGCUCGCUCUACAAUGGAACCUUGGAUGCACGCAUAAACACUCGCAGCGCCGAGGACACACCCACCAACAUGGGCCUGGACGAGGUGAUGGAGAACUCGGCAGUGGGCAGGACGUUUAGAAAGUUUUACCGCGUGAGUCAACUUCCGGUGCAGCAAAGCUGGAGGAAUGACGCUGCCAUCGACUGCGGAAACGAUUCCACCUCCAACUUCAAGUCAUUUCGAGAGCACUACCUUUUUGACAUCGCCAGCGACCCGUGCGAAUUGAGGGACAUCUCUGCAGAAAAGCCCAAAAUUCUGCAGGAGAUGAUGAAGAGGUUACGACACUACAAGUCAAUUUCUGUGCCGCCCAAGGAUGACGUGUUCGACUACAGAGGCUUUCCGGAGCGCAACAACUGCACCUGGUCUCCCUGGGUAGGCAAGAGGAGCAGCCCGCUGACCCGUUGCAGUCACGAGUCCAUCACCGCGCUCGCCAGGGCGAUGUCAGAGCGCCCAUAA